AGCUUUGCUGAUAACUGCAGUAGAUCGAGUUCCAUUCAAGCAAUGCAGAUCAUCUCCUCUCGAAACCAUUUCCCCCAAACCAGCUACGAAAGGUAAGUCAACUGACACAUACCCACAGCAUGUUCCUAAGCCGCCGAGGUCUGUCGAAAUUGGUGGGCAGCGCUCCAGCGUCGUUUACCGCUUCUGCGCUGACGAAGACGCUCGUGGCGAACCCGCCGCCGCUGCCGCCGAUGAAGGGUGUCGCCUUCGGCACCGUCUUCACUCCGCACAUGGUCAUCAUCGACUACGCGGACGGCAAGUGGGGAGCACCGCAGAUUGUGCCGUUUGCGAACUUCUCUCUCCCACCACAGACCUCCUGUUUUCAUUAUGCAACGGAGUGCUUUGAGGGCAUGAAGGCGUACGCGGACAUCGCCGACAUCGAGAAGGUGGCGAAGGGCGAGAAGCUGACGAAGCAGCACAUCCGCCUGUUCCGCCCGGACAAGAACGUGGCACGUCUGCAGGACAGCAUGCACACCCUCUGCAUGCCGCCGUUCGACGCGACGGAGUUGGUGAAGGUGAUUGAGGAGUUUGUGCGGACGGAGCGCGACUACGUGCCGAAGGAGUUCGGCUACUCGCUCUAUCUGCGGCCCACAGCCAUCGGCACCGCCGAGACGCUUUCUGUCGUACCGUCCAGCUCUGUGCGCCUCUUUGUUAUCGCGUCGCCGGUGGGCCCGUACUACCCGCCACCGGAGGGUGAGUCAGGCUCGGCGGCGAUUAAACCUGUGAAGCUGCUUGUGGAGGAGAAGCACAAGCGUGCGUGGCCUGGUGGCACGGGCGGCAGCAAACUUGGCGCGAAUUACGCGGGCCCCAUGCUGGCGCAGGAGGAGGCGCACGAGCGUGGCUACGAUCAGGUGCUCUGGCUCGGCGCCAAGGACGAAGUGCAGGAGGUUGGUUCGAUGAAUUUCUUCACGUUGUGGAAGACGAAGGCCGGCAAGACGGAGCUGAUCACGGCCCCGCUCGACGGCACCAUCCUCCCUGGCGUGACGCGUGCCUCGAUUCUUGAGCUUGCGCGUGGGUGGGGCGAGUUCGAGGUGUCGGAGCGCAGCUACUUCGUGCAGGAGCUCGUGGAGGCGCUGCAGGAGGGUCGCGUGAUCGAGUGCUUCGGCUGUGGCACGGCCGCGAUCGUUUCCCCUGUGAAUCUGCUUGCGUAUCGCGGCAAGGAGUACGCCGUGCCGUGCCCGGAGAACAGCAUCACUCGCCGCUUCCUGCACGAGAUUCUGGACAUCCAGUACGGCAAGACACCGAGUCCGUGGUCCGUGGAGGUGAUCGCGUGA